AACCCGAGGCCAGUGGAGUUAGUUCCUGUAGCAUAUUCACAACCCAAAGUAGCUGAUGAUCCCUCUCGAAGGAAAACAGCGCGUCGUGUAGCUUCACACUGAGCUGAGAUGACUAAUUAAAAAUUCAAAAUCAAAUAACAAACACGUUUCACACCAAGCCUCAAUUGAAAAAAAAAAAGAAAUUCGAAGUGAAGCAAAAUGGGGAGGGCAAAGUUGAAGAUGGAGUUGAUCGAGAAGGAGAAAUCACGAAACGUAACGUUCAAAAAGAGAAAAGAAGGACUAAUCCGCAAACUGAGCGAAUUCACAACUCUCUGCGACGUCAAGGCUUGCAUGAUCAUCUACGGGCCGAACCAGACCCGGCCCGAGAUAUGGCCGCCUCAAAACCCGGAGCAAGUCAGGCGCAUCAUCGACCUCUACAAGUCGAAAAACAGCGGAAGCGUGAAGAGCUUCGGCGUGGUGAAUUUUUUCAAGGAGCGGAAGAAGCAGAUCGAGGAUGAACUCAAGAAACUCAAGCGGAAGAAUCAAGAGGCCAAAUACCCGACCCGGCCCGAACUCCUAAACGUGAUCAACGAACAUCAACUCCGCCAACUCCACGCCGCGCUGACCAACAAGGCGCAGUGCGUGAAAUCUAGAAUCGAACUGCUCAAGAUGAAGCAAACAGAGCAGCAGCUCAUGAACCCGAUGCUAAUGGAUCAUCGCCGACUGCAUCCUAACCCCAUGAUGAUGGGGAUUGGAUCUAGUAAUUCUGCUAAUAUGCAAAUGCAGCGCCAAUUCUACUACGAGUCUGCAACCGGAUUUUAUCAGCCGUAUUCGCAGUACAUGGUGCAGCCUCAGCUUCCGCCUCUGCCUCCGCAGAUGCAGUUUUUGGGGAAUCAAUAGGAGAUGAUGAUGAUGAUGAUGAUGAUGAGAAAUCAGACGGUCAGGGCUCACAAUCUCAAUCAGGAUGGAGUCAAGUAUGAAGAUUUCACCACUAACAGGAUGUUCUCUUGCUAGGGUUUUGAUUUUUAAUUUUGAACCAGUUUUGAAUUUCGAUUAUUAGGGUUUAGAUUUUCUUACACCUUUUCAUAUUUUGUU